UGAUCCAGUGAGCUAAUGGGCAAGCAGCCAGGAGGAAGGGAGUUGCAAGCAAGCAGGGGUGGAGGGCCGGAUGCCUUGGACACAGAACGUAACCUGGAACUGGGGCUCAUUUACUAUAACAUGCCACCUUUCAGUUGCCUCUGGCACCCCUACAUGCAGCACUGCUAGGUAUGGAGCUCUCUCUGUAUGUGGCACUGCCAGCACCUGGCAUACAGAAUAAUGUAGAGGGGCAGGUUUAGUGUGAGCAGCAGCAAAGACAACCCAGGAUAAGGGGCACAACAACUAGAAAUCUCUCCCUGCAUCCAAUUCAUUUCUGUGCUGUGCCUUUCUCCGGAGCAGUAGUCCUGAUUUUAUGGCAGUGAGUGUGCAAAUGUGCAAGUAAUGCUGAUCAGAUAUCAGUUCAUAUUCCUCCCAUACUUCCUUGCUCACUCCAGUCUAUAUAUGGAAAUAAAGAGCAGCAGUCUCUCCAGGUGAUAAAACUGCUGGUUUAACAGUCAAAUCAUUAACUUUUUAAUAGCUAACCGGCUUCACUCAGCAUCCUGAGGAACCGCAGGCUUUUAGUUUUGUUCCUCAUUGCUGAGGAGAAGGAUGGCUUCUGUCGACCUGAGAGAGGAGCUGAACUGCCCUAUCUGCCUGAGCACCUAUACAGACCCUGUCAUGCUGAGCUGUGGCCAUAACUUCUGUCAGGCCUGCAUUGGGCGAGCUUUUGAUCAAUCUGAACUGUACCGUUGCCCUGAAUGCAGAGCAUUCUUUGCAGAACGCCCUGUGCUGCAGAGAAACCUGAAGCUGUGCAGUAUAGUGGAACGUUUUCUCACUGCCCAGUCGGCACCAGGGGAGGCAGUGCUAUGUACAUACUGUGAGUCUGAUGUGCCGGCGGCCAAGACGUGCCUCCACUGUGAUGCCUCCUUGUGCACCAACCAUCUAAGGAGACAUAGCAAGGCAGAAGAACACAUCUUAACCAAACCGACCUCUUCAUUGGAAAACAGAAGAUGUUCCAUCCAUAAAAAGGUUCUAGAGUAUUACUGUAGAGAUGACCAUACUUGUAUCUGUGUGUCCUGCUGUCUGGCUGGAGAGCACAGUGGACAUCAGAAGGAGGCAUUAAAUGAGGCCUUUGGGAAGAGGAAGGAAGACCUGAAAGACAUUUUGGAAAGUCUGUAUUCAGAAAGAGAAGAGACAAAGAGCAGAUUCCAGAGUCUUCAUCAGCACUGGAAGGAAACCAAUGACAAGGCAACGUGCACGACAGAGCGCAUCACUGCUCUUUUUAGGGACAUCAGGGAACAGAUGGAAGAUCUAGAGAUGCGGGUCCGGAGUGAGAUCAACAGGCAAAAGACAAAAGUCUCACUGCAAGUCUCUGAGCAAAUUAGGCAGCUAGAGGUGAAGGAGGCCGAGCUGUCCAAGAAGAUCAGCCAUGUGGUGGAACUGUGCAAUAUUACUGACCCGUUAACUUUACUAAGGAGUCAGCAGGAGAAUGAUAUACGGCACCCAGACAGCACUGGUGCCAAUGAAGUCAGCCAUGUAGGGCAUCUCGAUGAGGCACCCAUCUCUGUGGUUUUACACGUGGGGCUGAAACAUUUUGCUGAUGCACUUCUAGAUUUAAAGGCCACUCGGCUCUUCCAUGCCCUGGAGACCUCCGCCAUUGUCCUGGACUUGAAAACAGCUUCUAAUAACAUCACUUUAUCAAAGGACCUGAAAUCUGCUAGCUUUACCUCCACCCAUCAGCAAAGACCUGAAGGCCCGGAGAGAUUUGAGUCUUGUCAGGUCUUGGGAUGCUGCAGCUUCACCUCAGGCCAACACUACUGGGAGGUGGAUGUCAGUGAAGCGAAGGAGUGGAUAGUGGGAGUGGUCUGCCAGAGCAUGGAGAGGAAAAUAAUAGGCAAUGAGUCUUUCCUGGGUUAUAAUGACAAGUCAUGGGCUUUAUACUGUCAGGAUCAUAUUGGUGCAUCUCAUAACGACGUACAGGAACUGGUCACUUCAUCCACCCCCGUGCAGUCAGUUGGAAUUUACCUCAACUACGAGGCGGGGCUGCUGUCUUUCUAUCAGCUCUGCCCAGUGCGCCACUUGCACUCCUUCACUGCCACCUUCACCGAGCCUCUUUAUCCAGCCUUCUUCCUGUUUGAGGACUGCUGCAUCAGGGUUAAACACAGUCAUCAGACGUAAGGAUAGCAUUGCAGUUCAGGGUAAAUAAGAGCCACAAGACUAUCAAGUUUAAACUUAAUGGGACGUUAGGAAAGACAGCACAUAGUGCUAGACCAGAAGUGCCCAACAGGCACGGCCAUCCUAAACAUCCUCCCAACUGCUUGUGUACCCUGCUCCCCACCUGCUCUAGGGUAGGCUGGUGAAGGGCAAUUUCUACAUAACUAUAGAGGAAACAGACCCCACAGUUCAGGGCCUGUGGCCAUGGGUUGUGCUAAGGGCCGACUUAAGCCAAUUGGACCUUUUGGGCCAACACCCAUGGGGGCUCAGCACCAGCAGGAACAAGCACAUAAAGCUGCCUACCCCCAACAAUGAUUGCCUGAUAAUGCUGCUGUGUUCUGGGACAUUAAACACAAAUUGGGCAUUGCAUUCAUACUGCUACCCCAGGGAACUCACAAUCUUUUACUGUGUAUAGUGUGCAGUGUAUAAUCACUGUCUCACUGUAUAUAGUAUGUUUGGUGUGUCCUAAAACUUUGGGGGCCAAUGGAACAAGAGAAAGAGAGAUGAAAAGGCAGAGUUACACUAUCAGUCACAUAGAGCGAGUAAGAGGCAGGAACUAGAAUCCUUUGCCAGCUGGCAACACCUUGUGUAGGGGGCCCGCCAUAAUGGUCCCAAUUGGGCCCUGCAGUAGCCGUGGGUGUGCUUCCGCUAUAGUUACACCACUGACGUUAGUGGCAUAACUAGAAAUGUUUAUGCCCCCACCAUCACUAAGCUCUGUUUCCAUGGAUAUAAUUUGCAGGAUAUUCAGGGAUCUUGUGUAUUAUAUAAAAAAAUAACUUUUAGAUUUUGCAAAUUGUCUCUCAGGAUACCAUUGUCUUUAUCAUAUUAAAAAUCAUGGCUACCCCCAUGCCACUUGCAAUGUCCUGGGGAUGAACGUGAGAGGUCCCAGUCUGCAGCCUUAUCUGGUGCUGCUUGGUAGCCACUGGCUACAUGAACCGGCAUCUGGGAUUUGUAGUUCACCCAAAAGCUGUAGAGUUUCAAGCUGAGAAUCCCCUGACUUUAUACAUUGUAUAUACUACUCUGCUUUAUUAUUGAGCACAGGUAUUAUGUUAUAGAUUGGCGCACUAUAAAUGAUUUUAAAUGCUACAUGGUUAUUAAAUAAAUUGUAGAAAUAUUCCCUGUACAAUAUUAUAUAUGACUCAA